AUGAUAUCCACGGAUGGGAGUUGUCAUUAUGACACUUACCGCCUGUCGGAGCGCCUAGAGUUUAAGCAAUUGCUCUGCAUCAUGAGCUAUGCGUUGAUCUCAUCAACUGUUUCAGAUCUGGAUGAGAACAAGAGACUGUUGGAUGAAUACAUUCAACGGGAUGAGAAUGAUUGGGAACCCAGAAUUGACCAAGCGACCCUCGCGAAGAUCUUGUCCACUAUGGGAGCCUUAGGCAGUGACAACACGGAAAUUGAUAUUCCAGCAAAUGGCUAUUCUGGAAUCUCACUUGAUGACCUACACGCCCAAGCGCAGUACAUCCUAUGGCGUUUGAAACAAAUAUCCGCAGAGUGCCUUGAUGUCUUGCAGAUCGAGAGCGCCAGAGACCUCCGUCGUCCGAUCGGCGGACUAUUGAGCUUUAUUAUUGCCUGUGCCAGCGUGUCUGUUCACGUAGAUUAUUUGCCACUUUCAGUGCAUCUAGCCCAGAACGAAAGAUCACUCUCCAUCAUGCAACACCAACUUCAAAUGAGCCCAUUAUUUGCCGCUGGUCUUGAUAUUGACGAGUUGGACUCUGCACUCAAUUCGCUUGAUCUUCUGUUUACUGAAGAAGAAUUACGAGAGCUAUAA